AUGACAGGGGUCACAGAUAAAGGUGUUGUUUAUUUGUCUUAUCAUAAAAAGGAGAGAAUAAAACAGAUUCUUAGAAAUAGUGGAACAUUGUUUGACAUUGCAAUAAGCAAAACCCUUGCUGGCAUGCUUUUAGGAAGGUUAUUUGUUGGGACUGGUAUAGGUUUGGGACCUCCUGUUGCUGCUCUCUAUGUAACUGAGGUUUCACCUGCUUUUGUUAAGGGUACUUAUGGAAGCUUAAUCCAAAUUGCUACAUGCCUUGGGAUCAUGGGGGCUCUUUUAGUUGGAAUCCCUGUCAAAGAUAUUGCUGGCUGGUGGCGCGUUUGUUUUUGGGUAUCUACAAUUCCAGCUACAAUACUUGCUCUUGCCAUGAUUUUCUGUGCGGAAAGUCCUUCUUGGCUGUACAAGCAUGGAAAAGCUACUGAAGCGGAAGUUGAAUUUGAGAAGCUUUUUGGAGUAGCACAUGACAGAGCUGGCCAAGAAAGAGGAAUCAACAUGCUUUUUGUGCUGGGUGGGAACGGAACUCAUGCUGGGGCAAAUGUAAUUCACAAAGAGAAAGCACUUUACUGUCAUAUAGAUGACCGUGCCACUAGAAUCAUCUUAUUGGAUAUGUUUAACUACUUUUACUUGAUUGCUGCAUUUGUACCUUUCCAUUUACAUGGUCCUCAUGGUGUUUUGCGGCAUCUGAAAUACCUCAUUGAGACAAAAGGAUCAGCAGUGGUCUGUGUUGCUGAGGGAGCAGGGCAGCUUACUAAUAGUUGUUCAAAUAUUGCCUUUCAUAUUUUGGAAAAGGCCUAA